GGAUAGCACCAGUACCACAUAAUUGUUAGAACUCAAUGGACUUGUAGUCAAAAUGCUCUUGCUUGUGCAAGUGUUUGUGGUUACUUCAAUUUUGAUUGUCCACACGCAUUGUCUGAAUAUUGACGAGGAGAACAUUACAUAUACGGACAUCCAAUCUUCCAACCUAUAUUGCCAUUCAUCCAAAAAAAAUACUAAUGGGAGAAAAGUUGUUUGUGAUUUCCGCCACACGGCCGCAAAGUUGGGGAACGCAGUCCUUUUAAAAGAAAAUGAUGGAGUGCAAGAUGAACAAUUGUACCUAGAGGUUCACAACUGUUCCAAACUUUUCAUUUCGUCUGCAUUCUAUUCGUGGAGGCGUAUAUUUACCUCACUGCAUCUGACAAUCGGAAAUGUCGAUGACGUCGAGCAAGAAGACGUGUCAGAAGAUUUUGAUCAACCUCUCGGUGGUUUCAUCAGUUUGGCUUUAAGAAAUGUGAAAAUGAAUUCGUUGGCACCGUACUUGGUUUCCGACACCAAGGUUCUGCAGAUUGACAUUCAAGGAUGUCAAAUUGGCAUUAUAUCUGAAAAUGCUUUCCGCAACGUGGAUAAAUUGUGGCAGCUAAGGAUUGUGAAAUCCAACAUAAGCCGGAUCGAAAACCGUGCCAUGCCGAAUGCAUUACUUAUAGAGCCCCGGAAAGUCGUCAACGUAGACGAGCGAAAGCCAUUCAUUUUCGACGAAACACGUUUUGGGACCCUUGAAUCGGAUGCCAUUCAGUUAAACAUAACGGAGAAAAAUGAUUAUUUCAACAUAAUCAGUUCUCAGUUUCUCAGCAUUUUGAAAGGGGGAAUUCGCAUUUCGGGUUCGGGUCAUGUUUUGGUGGUUGACUCGCAAUUUCACCAAAUGGAUAAUGAUUCGGUUGUCAUUAAUCUUCGAGGAGCAGAUCCUGAAACCUCUCAUAAACUAUUAGCCUAUUCUACUCUGACUUUGAUGGGCCUUGAUAUUUUCUCUGUGAAUGUCGAUAAUUUCCUUCGUAACUUGCAAAUCACGAAUGGUGAGCAAUAUUUAAUGCGCCUUAACUUUCGCUUUCCUGGUGCCCUUUCUUCUGUCGUCACUUUGGACAAUAACACGUUAUCCCACAUUUGGAAUCCUAAUCGAAAAAUGUUUGUACAAAACUGGACAGUUGUUUGCAAUUGUCACGAUAUUGUUAAUAGUUUAUACGCGUUAGAUGAUACUGGUUCCGGAAAUGAAAACCAAGACUUCGAAAAUGGGACAUUUUCUCAGAUGCCGGGCGAACUAGAUGAAGCAAAACCAACUGAGGCCUUCUUAACCAUGGUUUCGUCUCCCAAUUGGCCAAUCCCUAACGAGCUGAGAUGUUAUAAAGAUGAUGUAAACUCGGUUAGCAUGGGCGAGUACAGUGCCCUAUUUUGCACUGAUAAUGUGGAAAAAACAGCGAAUACGAAACAUGCAACUUUAGAACCAGAUCAAACAUCAAAUAAUUACGACAUGCGAACGAUGUUUUGGUGCCUCGGAAUCACGGGAGGUUGUGUUGUUGUUACCGCCGGAAUCGUGUGUUUCGUUGCUAUUGUAAGACACCGAAGAAAAAGCUGCAAGAUCCAUAACAAGAAAAUUUCUGCCUACCGCCACAAUGAUGUUAAACAAGUGGGUGUUAUCAGUGAAGAUCCAAUAUGUGGAUGUGACGAAGGAGAAGAAGAGAGUCAAUUAUAAAACUGGGACAUGACGCUUCCGUCUAAAAGCUUUACGACAAUUAUUCAUUUCCAAGCAAAACUUGUUUCCAGGAAAAGAAAACAAGAAGAAUACUACAUUUUUGGCAUAAUCUUUUGGUUUUGCAUAUUCACGAACAAAAUUUCAAUAAGAGUAAAAUUUGAAUGAAUCGUUAAAAAACUUGAUGCCAAUAUUAACGUGUGUAUUUACUAGUGUUAUUUUAGCUUUUAGGAUAAUGAAAAUUUAACCACCCGUUCUGAAAAUAUAUGUUUAUAU